AUGAGUUUCGACGUUCACAACACCGAAAGUUAUUUCAUUGAGAAUAUCGAUCGCACAGAGGCGGAAAAUUUGUUGAAUGAAAAUGAAAUUGGGACAUUUCUCGUGCGGCCUUCCGCGAAUCAAGGAGAUUUGGCGCUUUCUAUAAAAGAACCCACAAAAAUCGGUCAUUAUCUGAUUCAACAGAGAGUUUCGGCAAACACGGCUCAAUACACGAUCGGACAUCACUCGUUUCCUGGCAUGGCGGAGCUCUUGACGUUCUACAAGUUGCAUUAUGUAGGUGAAGCACCACUCAUUCGACCGAUAAAAAGCAAGGACGACUUUGUGAAUAAUAAUAACAACGAUGAGACAGGAAAUCAGUCGCAAGAUUUGCCAUCACCAAGACUGGCAAAAGUUGUGAUUCCUCGGGUUGCGAGUGCUUAUGACGAAAAGCAAUUAGAUCUGGUGAAGGAUGAAAUUAUUGAAGUAACAAAGACAAACGUGAACGGAUAUUGGGAGGGAAAACGCUUAAGUAACGGAUCAAUUGGAAUGUUUCCAUUCAAUCAUGUCAAAUUUAUAGAUGAAAUCUAA